AUGCGAGUAGCAAUUGAUGAAAAGUAUUUCGUUGGUAAAUGGUAUACUGUAAAGGGAAUCAGCUCGAAUAGGAAGCCAAGUAUAAUAGGCCACCCUACUCUUAUUGACCCAAUAGAUCCAGUCGUACUUGCCUUUGAUAUUGAGACCACAAAGCUGCCUUUGAAAUUUCCCGAUUCUGCUUUGGACGAAAUUAUGAUGAUAUCAUACAUGGUGAGUAUCUAUGAGUUAUGUCCUAUCUUUAUCUCGCUUCUCAAUAAACGACUUAUGUUGCAAUUCUUUGUAAUUAUUGAUGGCAAAGGCUUUCUGAUUAUAAACCGUGAUAUUGUUUCUGCUGACAUUGAGUCAUUUGAAUACACUCCAAAAGAAGAGUAUAAAGGAAAAUUUUUUAUUUACAACGAAGCUGACGAAGAAGCAACAAUAAGAAGAUUUUUUGACCAUAUACUCGAAGUGAAGCCAAAUGUGAUUGUGACCUAUAACGGAGACUUCUUCGAUUGGCCAUUUGUUGAAGCCAGAGCUCGUAUUCGUGGCAUGGACAUGGAAGAUGAGAUCGGUUUUGCCAAAGACUCUGCAGACGAGUUUAAAAGCAGAAAUUGUAUCCAUAUGGACGCCUUUAGGUCAGACGGGAGCCAAAAUCUGAAAGCUGUUGCUAAAGCUAAGUUACGUUACGAUCCCGUUGAAGUGGAUCCAGAAGAGAUGUGCAAAAUGGCUAGAGAAGAUCCUCAAAGUUUGGCCAACUACUCUGUUUCUGAUGCCGUUGCUACAUAUUAUCUCUACAUGAAGUAUGUCCACCCAUUCGUUUUCGCCUUGUGCACGAUUAUUCCUCUGGGACCAGAUGAUGUAAGUGGGAAACCAUGUCUCUUUGUGAUUUGUUUAUAUUUAUUAUGAAU